AUGGAAAUCCGGUUGAUAUUUGUGUACCGGCAUUCCAAUUCCGUUGUUGUUAAAAAGAUAUGGCUAAAACACGUGGAGCCUAAUACGUCUAACCAGGAAGUGGAAACACGAGCAAAUACUUUUGUACAUGGUGUUGUUAGACGGAGACCUACAACUUCUGCUCGUAGAAGUCGUGGCCAUCAUGUAACUCGAGAAGCUUCAGCAUUACCUGAUCCUCCUGUUGUUGAGCAGCAUGAGGAUGUCACUCAGCAGCACGAGGAUGUUAUUGAUCAUCAACAGGAAAAUGAAGAAGUUGGGUUUCCUGGAGGUCCAUCUGACACUUCAUUAUUGACGAGCUACGACAAUCAUGUUGCUCGUGCAGUGUGGGAAGGCCAGGAUCGAGGUGAAAUAAAAUUGAUCUCACAUGGUAAAAAGUUAAAUAAAUUUGGAGCUUGUCACCUUGGUAUUCAUGAGUUUGUGCUGAAUUCGGGUCUGAUGCCUCUAUGUGACAUUUAUUAUGAUUACGUCGAUAAGGGCUUAUUAUUGGCGUUUGUAGAAAGAUGGCACAAGGAAACCAACACUUUUCAUCUACCCAUUGGCGAGAUGACCAUCACCCUAGAUGACGUCUCUUGUCUUCUUCAUCUACCUAUUGCGGGAUAA